AAGUCAUGGCUGCUGCCAGCUGGGAACAGAAUAAGGAUUCAUGAUCCCAGUUGCAGAUAUCAAGUUCAUUCCUUGUUAUGUUCUGGUUUUGACUCUGCUCCUCGUGGUCCUGCGGGAUGGGCAAUGCACACCUGUACCACCCCACUCAGACACACACUUUCUUAGUUGCAAUGUCAUUGUCAGAGCUCGUCCCACACCUCCACAGCCCUGGUGUGAAGGACAGUGCUCAGUGGAUGGAGAAUCUUUCCUUCAGUAUGAUAAUGACAACAAAGCCACACCUUUGGGUGACCUGGGAAAGGAGGCACAUGCCACUCAUGUGUGGAAAGAUCUGAACCAAAGGCUGGAAUACUUGGGGCAAGAGCUCAGGAAGAUGCUGGCUGACACCAAACAAGAGAUGGCUGACCUCAGUGGUCACCCUACUUUACAGACCAUCAUGAAUUCUAAGUAUGAACGAGGACAAAUCGUUGGUGCCUCCUGGCGAUUUAACAUCAGUGCAGAGUACUUCAUCCUGAACACAAUGAAUAUGAGUUGGACACCGAUUAGUUUUGAAGCCAGAGGUAUCAUGAAUGAUGAACAAUUCAUAAAAGAUCUCAAAGUAAUCUCCACAGCAGACUCUAGCCACUGGCUCAAGGAACUCUUAAAGCUCCAGAAGGAAAAGCCAAGAUCAACACCAAGGACCUCAGAUGUCCGCAAGCAUCCAUCUACCAGUCAACUUCACAAUGAGAAAGUGUUUAUCCCUGUGGCAGCAGUCAUUGUCAUCAUCUUACCUUUUACUGUUGGCCUAUUAGUAAAACGUUGUCCCCAAGGAGAUCUCACUGCAAAAACCUUUCCAGAAAGGAAUCAUCAGCUGCCCAAGAACUGUUCCAUGAACUGCCACAACCCACAGAGGAAAGAGAGGCCCAUGGAGCCAAUUGGAGAGUUCCCCAACCAGGUCAUUGAGCUAUUGUUCCAGGAGGAUGAGCCUAAGAUGUGAAGAACCAGAAGAGGACAUCUGAUCCCCUGGAACUGAGUUACAGAUGGUUGUGAGUACGGGGAACUGAACCCAGGUCAUCUCCAAGAGCAGCAAUUUCUCUUAACUGCUGAGUCAUCUCUCCAGCCCUCUAAUAAAUUUCUUAAAAAGAAUAUAAAUGCUUGAAUAUUAUUAAACACAGGGAAGGUCUUAUAACAGACUUCAUAAUACAGUUAAAUGCUUCAUAAAAAAUCUAAACUCAUAGUUUUAAUGACUGUGGAUGGUAAUGGCCACUUAUAACAUUCGUAGCAAUGUACUAUGAAAGCUUGGUGAGAGGGACUCACAGGCCCUUCUAACAAUGAAGCCAGGUUAUAUAGCAAUAUCAAAUGAAACUGGUAAAUAUAAAGAACGUAAUGGGUAGUUUUAUGUCAACUUGACAUAAGCUAAAGCUGUC